AUGGAGGGAGAAAGGCGGGAGCUCGCUGCGGGGCGAGGGGAAGAGGGAAGACUUACCAAGAAGAAUUUUGAUCUAGAAAAGUUAAAUAUCCCCAAGGAGAAAAACAGAUAAAAACAAACUGAGAUUCCAACUGUGGCUAUGGAAAAUCAGACACUGCUUGGUGGAAUUUCAAGUACAGAAGAUGGAUUUAUCACUGAAAUAUUUAGUCAAAAUAGUCCAUUUAAUUCUGAAAACCUUAACUUUGAAAAUACAGUAAUUAAUAAACCUGGUGAAGAAGGGUUUCACUCCAGUCAAGACUGUCAUUUAUGCACUAUGGCUGUUGGAGAAACUUUGCUGGAUCAAUUCAAAUACCCUCUUACUAUUGAAGGUCAAAAUACAAUACUCAAGGUCAAAAUACAGCCACUUGUAGAAGACAAUCAUGAUAAUGAAAUCCUUGGAAAAUGUCAGAAGCUACAAGACCUAAAUCCUUCAGAAGAAGCUAAACAUACAUAUCCACCUUAUCCACCGUCACACUCGUACAAUGUCCAUUUUCUGUCUUCCUUAAUGAUGCAACAAAGAAAUUCUAAUGUUUUGUCACUAAGUACCUGCCCUCCAGAAGGAACAAUCAAUCAAAAUGUCAGAAUGAUACCAGUAUUCAGACCUCUACUAGAUCCAGUUACUGGUGGGAAUAAUUGUAUUUGUUAUGACCAAUUCAAAGGAAUGCUUAAUAGUUGUGUACAGUCACAAGCCUUGCCAGGUACCUCCAAUGAACCUUGCAGUGAUACCAGCACUUUACCUCAGACUAGUGCUCCUGUCUGUGAUGAACUUGCGGAGGUAAAAGAAACAAUUGUUAGUAAUAUGGCUAAUAACCAAAAGGAAGCAGUUUUUCAGAAUUCAAAUGCAGGAGAAACCAGCUGCAAGUUACUAUCUGCACAAAAUGUAAUGGAGGACCCCAGCUGUUCACACAGAACAGAUUCCAGUCCAGUGGUGAUCUGCCAGUUGAAAGGAGGUACUCAAAUACUCUGCAUAAACAAUUCUGGCACAAGAGAACUGAAAACAGUUCAUCUAGUUCCCCAGUAUCAAAACCAACAUAAUUAUCUUCAGUCAGAUGUGCCUAACCCUAUGACAUCUCUGCUGGGACAAUUUUUGCCAAUUCCAGGUAAAGUGGAUCUCAAUGAACAACAGCUUGAGAACGGAUCCUUACAAUCAGAAGCUAGCAGUGCCACAUUCCAAUCAGAAGUAAAUCUUCAAGGGUCAACAAAAAUGACUUUAGUUGGAUUGCCUCUUAGUUCAUGGGAUACAAAAUCUAAAAAACCGUGUAACUGUACCAAAUCUCAGUGUUUGAAAUUAUAUUGCGAUUGCUUUGCCAAUAGUGAUUUUUGCAACAACUGCAACUGUAAUAAUUGUUACAACAAUCCACUUCAUGAAACUGAGCGGUUUAAAGCUAUUAAGGCUUGUCUUGAUAGAAACCCAGAAGCUUUCCUACCAAAGAUUGGGAAAGGGAAACUGGGGAAUAUUAAACCUCGCCACAACAAAGGAUGUAAUUGCAAGCGCUCAGGGUGCCUUAAGAAUUAUUGUGAGUGCUUUGAGGCAAAAAUUAUGUGUUCCUCUAUUUGCAAAUGCAUUGGUUGCAAAAAUUAUGAAGAAAGCCCAGAUCGAAAAACACUAAUGAACAUGCCCAACUACACAGAGAUUAGAAAUAAUGAAGAAAACAUCCUUGUUUCAACAUCUACAUUUGAAAUGUUAUCAAAAUCUAGAGGAGACAGGCAACCUACUACAUGUAUAUCCUGGGAAGUGGUUGAAGCAACAUGUGCUUGUCUCCUGGCACAAGCUGAAGAGGCAGAAAAAGAAGCUUACUCUGUUUGUCUAGCAGAGCAAAUGAUCUUGGAAGAGUUUGGGAGAUGCUUGUCACAGAUUCUGCAUUCAGAAUUUAAGUCCAAAGGGCUGACAGUUGAGUAA